UUUAAGUGUUUUGCAUAAUUUUAUCCGUCGGGUGAAUUUAUAUGAAUGUCGUCGAUGGAAAUUAGUAAUAAGGCGUAAAUGACUAAUAUUGAAUAAGAACUACAGGAAAGGAAGUUUAAUAACAUUUAAAGAUUUAACGAUGUUUGGUGGCGCUGGGCAGAAUGUAGAGGAAAAUAACGAGAGAAGAGAUGUUAAAAAAGAGAAAGAUAAAGGAUAUGUCGCUUUCCAUUCUGACGAUGAUGAUAUAGGCGCUCAAGGAGAUGGCGAUAACUUAGCUGCCUCAAGUAUAAGGCCGAAAAACAAGAAAAGCAAGAAGGACAAAAGCAGGAAAGAAUCAAAAAGUCGGACAAAACAUACAAGAAAACAGGAAAAAUCGAGCAAGGUGGACAAGGAAAAAGUUAAAGAAAAGGAUAAAAAAAAAGAAAAGAAGAGUGAAGCCUUUCAUAAACACCAGCAAACAUUACCAGUGUUUGGUGUUAGUUUACAUGAAGCUGUGAAGCGUAGUAUGUUACCUGAUGGUGUUCAAAUACCUCGUAUCAUACGAGAAUGUAUCAUGGAAAUCGAAGAUAAGGGUUUGUCUCAAGAAGGAAUAUAUCGUUUAUCUGGUGUAAAAUCAAAGAUCGAGAUGCUUAAAGACAUUUAUAAUCAAGGAAAAACUGUCGAUCUUGAUGAUUUUGAGCCAAACAUUUUGGCUGGACUAAUAAAGCUUUUCAUACGAGAGUUAACUGAUACUCUUUUACCUGAUGAAGUUGCUCAAAAGUUUGAAGAUGCUGCAGCAAUGCCUAGUCGUUCAGAGAAAAUAAAUCAGUUCAAGGAGUUAAUUUUAGAAUUGCCAGCACCAAAUAGGACACUUUUAUCUUGGUUAAUGGUUCAUAUGCUUCAUGUCUUACAAAAGGGAGCUGAGAAUAAGAUGUCUGUUCAAAAUAUUGGUAUAGUUUUACAUCCAACAACAGGAAUUUCGCAGCCAGUUUUAAAUGUUUUUUUAAAUAACAUAGCUGCAUUGUUUGGUGACACAGAAUUGACAAGAUACAAACAAAUGGUUAAGGCAGAAGUUGAUUUUUCUACAUUAUCAAGCCCAGAGUACGGACCUAUUGUCAAGAAUAUUUAUGUGAUGGAUAUGUUUGAAGAUAAUUUUUUUAUACAUUGUUCGUGGUAUUUAUACAUAAAAUUUUCAUUUAGAGAAAUAUUGGCAGAGUUGACUCAUCAAGAGGUCAUUCUCUCUAAACUCCAUGAAGAUAUGGAGAAGGGAGCACCUGAUGAGACUGAAGAUAAAGAUGAGGAAUUGUGGGAAGUACAAAGACUAGUGACAAUGUUAAAAAGAAAGCUACGUGACGCACGACGCAAACAAAAGGAAAAAGUUGUUGAAGAGCAGAAGAAACAGGAAGAAAAUAAACCACCCGCUCAAGAAACUAUCGACGAAGAAAUUCUCAAACGGUUACAACUUGAAGAAAUGGAACUACGUUUUCAAGAAGAGGAAUUGUUAGAGCAACGCGAACAACUAGAAAAACGAAUCCAAAAUGAGAAAAACGAAAUAAAACGACUCGAGGAAGAAAUAGCAGAGUUGACCGAAACGCGAGGAAAUAAUUCACCCGAAUUAACUUCAGAUCACAACUCAUCAUCAGGAUCUGAAGGUAGUGAAAGUGAGGAUGAAAGCGAAUUGGAGGAAAUAAUGAAUGAUCUUGUUCAAAGCAACAAAGAACUUGAGGAAAAAAAUGAGGAAUUAUUUAAACAGAUCCAUGAUGAACAAGAUGCUUGUUUGAAACUCAAAGUUCAAAUUAAAAUGAUGACGGCUACGUCGAAAUUAGACUCCUAAAGAAGUGGGGAUCACAGUUUCCACUUGGUUCGAUAUGUGGAAGUUUGAUUUAUUCUAUUCUUAUUAAAACAACGAAAGUCGAGAUAGUUAGGUGUAUAUAGUGAUUAAACACUGUACUUUGAAUAAGUCACGUACGUAAUGUUAAUAAGUGUGAAGAUAUUCGUCUAUUAUUUAUGAAGAAUUUUAACUUCUUUAUCCUCCUCUAUGUUAUUGAUUCCAGUUUUCUCUAAUUGUACGAUGUCUAUAAAUGAUGUCAGUUUUCUACAAUGAAAUGAUGUCAGUUUUCUACAAUGAAAUGAUGUCAGUUUUCUACAAUGAAAUGAUGUCAGUUUUCUACAAUGAAAUGAUGUCAGUUUUCUACAAUGAAAUGAUGUCAGUUUUCUACAAUGAAAUGAUGUCAGUUUUCUACAAUAAAAUGAUGUCAGUUUUCUCCUGUGAAA